AUGGCAACUGCCCCAGCGCCCUCGGGCCCCCAACCGACCGGCGGCCUCGCCCUCCCUCCCACCCCCGAACAACUCCAAUCCGCCUUCGACAACAGCAUCUGGUACCUCCUCUCCCUCUGGCCCAUCCUCCACGACGCCGUCUCCAACGGCUGGGGCGGCCCCGAGAGCACCGACAAACGCGACUGGUUCGCCGGCGCCAUCUCAGACCUCCUCAACUCCCGCAAAGAACCCGACGGCCCCGGCACAGACCAGGAAGACAUGGAAGUCUUCCUCCUCCAAAUCAUGCAAGACGAGUUCGACUGUUUCGUCGAGGAUGAGAGUGAGGUGAAAGUCGCUGGGGAGAUCUUGCUCGUGUGGAAGAGGAUGAGGGAGGAGAGGAGCUUGGACGCCGCGAGGGAGGUAGAGCAUCGGUAUAGGAAUCGCGGGCAGAUGAGGAGUAGUAUUAAGGUGCAGGAGGUGAAUCAGGAUUUGGGCGAGGAUGAGGAGUGGGAUGGGUUUGAGGAUGAGGAGGGUGAUGAUGCGGAGAUGGGAGAGCCGGAGGAGGCGCCGAGGUUGGUGCCCGCGACGGUUAGGGAGAGGGUUGAACCGGUGGUUGAUGAUGAUGGGUUUAUGAAGGUUGCCGGGAAGAGGAAGGGCAGGUGA